AUGAGCAGCUCUCAGCCUGUACUGGGGGCGCAGAGGAAACCUCAGAACCUCAGUAAUUCUGAUCCAUCUUGUUCCAAAACAUUGCACAUUGACAUGCUGGGAUCACCCUAUUUCUGGCUCCCCUCUCUCACCUCCGGGGCCACCAGCUCCUGGGUCCCUCACUCAGCUCUUUCCGCCUCCUCCAGUCGCCAACACUUGCAGCGGAGUCCGGGCACCUGCGAGCUCGGUCUCGGGUCCCCGCAGCAAGGCUGCCUGGAGGAGGAGCGAGAGGCUGCUGCCCUCGCCGCCGCCGCCGCCGCCGCCGCCGCCGUGGUGCUGAUGCGGUUGCUAUGGUUAUGGAACUCCGCAACUGCCCCCCUCUCGGCGCAACAGCUGCCCGGCCGCGGCCUCUUCCGGGGCAGCCCCGGUGAAGCGGGGCCGGGUGGCAAGGCUGUCAACGCUGGCGAAAGGGACCCGCCGCCACCACUGCGAAAAGGAAAAAAAGGACCGAGCGCCCGCGCCCGCGCUCUCGGCUCGCGCCCGCUGGCUCCGCUCACCUCCGCGCCCUCGCUUCUCCCCUUCCCUCGCCGGGACGCGGCCAGACCCCGGCGCCCGGCGCGCAGCGCGCCCUCGCGGCCUGGAGAGCCGUUUCUGCCGCCGCCGGCUGGCCCGGCUCCCCGCAGCCCUGCGCACCGCCCCGAGGCUGCGCGUCGGGCGCGGAGGCGCGGCGCCCCCUUUCCCCAGCCUCGGCCCUCUCCGCCACCAGUCGGGGACGGGAGCCGGCGGGCCGGGCCGGAUGCCCAGGAGACAGACCCCGCCCGCUCGCCCGCCCGCCUGGCCCUGUAG